AUGAGCGGGCCACCUAAGCGAAAGGGCCGACUACCCUCGGACAUUCCCUCGCAACAGCAGCGACGCGGCCCUCCCGCAACCCCCCAUGAUGCACACGCGCACCCCCCGGACCCAUCCGCGUCGAUUGACUCUCUGGGCCUGCUGAGCCCCCAGCAAUGCCCACCGCGCUCGAGCAAGCUCAGUCGAGAAGCUUGUCCUUCUGCCCGAGACGGACGGACAGAGAGGAAAAGGGAGAAGGCCUACAAGAUGAAAGACACCGCCCAGUUUAUCAAGGACACACACCAUGCCUACCAAGCUGUACACGACUGCCUCUACAACGUAUACCACCUCCCACUGCUGGCCAGGAAACGAUGGAUAAGAGUCCGCAGUAGCCCCGCUCAACCCAGGUGGAAAGACGACCACGAGCUCGAACAGCCCUGGGAUGGCAUUCACGACCGCCGCGACUCGACUGAAAACUCUAGAAUUGCGCCCAAUGCUCUAACCUUUGGCGCGAUGUUUGUCUUCUCCUACGGCAUCGACAUCUUGGCCGACCUCACCUUCUCCGCCGUCGCUACCGGUAUCAACAUCGCAACCCGACCCUUGGCUGAAUCUGACUUCGAGACGGAAGAGUUCCAUUUCGAAUACAACCCCGAGAUCCAACGAGACCAUAUGAUCAAGCUGGCUAUGAGCCAUGCCAUCGCGCAGAGCACCAAGCUCACGUUGACGGGAAAGCUGGGCAUGAGAACCGACGUAGUCAAGAUGAUUGGACAGCUCUUCACCAGCCCAUCCAAUAUGCUCGACACCCCAAGCUUCUUCUGGGACUCUGAACCCACCCUCCAUCCACUCACACCGCCGUCCGCGAGUUUGCUUCGGUUCUCUAUAUUGCAAAAAGGCAGGAAACGUUCCUGUGGCUGGAGAUUUUGGAAUCAGGCCGUGGGUGGACUCAAGGGUAUGGGUCCGCCCGCGUAUGCUGGCCCGGGUCUACUCGCUGCGCGUAGUCUGGUUUGGUUUGGUAGUGGGGUCAAGAGUCUACUUGUAGGUUAAGCAUAAGAUGCGUGAUGUAGUACAGAGGAAGGAGAAGGGGUAAUAUAGAUUACGGGGAUAUGCAUCAAGAGUGUCGCC